AUGGCGCACGCGGGCGGCGCGCCGCCCCUCGACGGCGGCUACGCCAUCGAGGCGCCGCCGGCCUCCGCCGGCGCCGGGCGGCCUCCGCCGGAGCUGCUCCUGGGCCAGGAGGCGCCGACGCACGCUCCGGCGGCCAGCCAGGUCAGCAGGGGUGCGGCCGCGUCCUGCGGAGGGCUCGCGGCCGACAGCGGCUACGCGCUCUGCCGGGGGCCGGCGCAGGCCCUGCCGUCGCCGGAGCCCGUGCCUCCGGGGGCGAAGGCCUUCGCGCAGGCGCUGCGCCGCCGGCCGCUGCCCGCGGAGCUCACCGAGGAGAGGCAGCAGGAGCUCGGGGACGUGGUCUUCAACUGCGUGGCGGCCCUGUACGAGGACCGCAUCCGCCCCGUCCUGGGCGCCGUGCAGCGCAGGCUCCGGGAGGUGCUGACCGCGGCGGGCUGGCAGCGGGGCCCGCUGGAGGCCGACGUGCAGGCCAUGGUGCUGCUGUGCGCGCGCGACGGCCGCUUCGCCCUGGAUCCGCCCAUGCUCGGCGACCCGCCCGUGGUGCGGCUGGCGGAGGAGCCGGCGUUUUUCAGGGGCUGGGUGGACGUCGAGGCCCCGGAGGACACCUACAAGCAGAGCAUGUGGGAUGCCUUCUCGGCGUUCCUGGUCGGCACCGGCGGGGCGGCGCCCGUAAGCCUCCCCAGCGACCCGCACGCCGCCGCCCAGGAGCUGCACCGCCGCCAGCUCGCCUUCUUCCGGGGCCUGGCGCUGGGGGAGGUGGAGCACGUCGUGCGCCUGGCCAUCGGCAGGCGGCGCCUGCUCUGCUACCUCGGCGACACCCUGAGGUCGGGGCGCAUGGUGAAGGCGUCCCCGCAUAAGGAGGCCUCCAAGGGCAAGGUCGACGGGGUGAGCCGAGGGGAUAUCAGGGACGUUGAGGACUUGGUGCUGGUACUGCUAUCCGUCAUGGAGAAGUUCCCGGACGGGCUGCCGCUGAGCCUCCUGAAGCAGAACAUUCUCGG